AUGGCGCUCCCUCCCAAGUGGUACCAGUUCCUUGUGAGCGUUUUCGCCUCGCUCGGUUCCUUCAACUAUGGUUAUGACUUGGGUGUCAUUGCCUCUGCCAUCGCCUCGGCUUCCUUCAAGACCAAGUUCGGCGAAGAUCCCAACGAGAUUGGCGCUGUCGUCUCCGUCUUCACCGGAGGUGGUUUCAUCGGCGCCGGUCUUGCCGGUCCCACCGGUGACAAACUCGGCCGUAAACUGACCAUCCUCAUCGGCGCUUCCAUCUUCGUUCUCGGUGGCGCUCUCCAGGCCGCAGCCCAGUCUCUGGCCUUCCUCUACGCCGGCCGCGCCCUCGCUGGUGUCGGUGUCGGUUUCUUGACCAUGAUUAUCCCCAUGUACCAGGCCGAACUAUGCCACCCCAGUAUCCGUGGACGAGUCACCGCUCUGCAACAAUUCAUGCUCGGUGUCGGUGCCCUCGCCGCCGCCUGGAUCUCAUACGGCACCUACAUCGGAUUCGCCGAGGACGACAACAACCAGUGGCGUGUCAGUCUGGGCAUCCAGUGCAUCCCCGGUGGUAUCCUCGCUCUGCUCAUUCUGCUGUUCCCCGAGUCUCCCCGUUGGCUCAUCGACCACGGCCGCGUCGACGAGGGUCUCCAGACCCUGGCCAAGCUCCACGCGCAUGGCGACGUCAACGAUGCCUGGGUCCGCGCCGAGUUUGACCAGAUCCAAGAGUCCAUCGCCGUCGAGCACGAGGGCUCCGCCAAGUCCUACAAGGAACUGUUCACCGACAAGUCCUGCUUCCGCCGCCUCUUCCUUGCCUGCGCCCUGCAAGCGUCCAUCCAGAUGACUGGCGUCAGUGCCAUCCAAUAUUACUCGGUCACCAUUUACGAGAAGAUCGGCAUCGCCGGCGACGAGACUCUUCGCUACCAGGCCAUCUCCUCCGUCAUUGCCCUCGUUGCCCAAUUCCUCUGCAUGAUGCUCAUCGACAAGACCGGCCGCCGCUGGCCCUUGAUCUUGGGCAACAUCGGCAACUGCAUCACCUUCAUCAUUGCCACCAUCCUGCUCGCAAAGUUCCCCCCCGGCUCCGAGAAUGCCAGCGGAAGCGCAGCGUGGGGCUUCAUUGCCAUGACCUGGCUCUACAACUUCAGCUUCAGCGCCACCUGCGGUCCCCUCUCGUGGAUCAUCCCUGCCGAGAUCUUUGACAUGAAGACUCGUUCCAAGGGUGUCUCAAUCGCCACCAUGAUCUCGUACGCUUUCAACACCCUCAUCGGCCAGACGACCUCUGUGGCUCUGGACGACAAGAGCGGAAUCGGCUGGCGCUGGUACAUUCUCUUCAUUGUGUGCAACUUCACCAACGCCAUCUUCUUCUGGGCCUUCCUUCCCGAGACCGCCAGACGUCCCCUCGAGGAGAUGAGAUACCUGUUCACCGAGGCGCCUCUCUUCAUCCCGACGUUGGACAUGAAGACCGUCGAGACGCACGACCUCGAGCGAAGAGUCGAGGCUGUCGAGCAGAAGCGGGAGAACCUUUGA